CUUCUCGACAGGAAGUGAUCCCGGGGGCAGGUCAAAGGGGACGGAAGCACUUCCGGGUCGGAUUUAAAAAACCAAUUUAAAUCCGAAUUUUAAACUCUUUUUGGCGAGAGGAGCCAUGACUUCGCUGCGGGCCUUCACCUGCAACGACCUAUUCCGCUUCAACAACAUCAACUUGGAUCCUCUCACAGAGACUUAUGGAAUUCCAUUUUACUUACAGUAUUUGGCUCACUGGCCAGAGUAUUUUAUUGUUGCAGAAGCACCUGGUGGAGAACUAAUGGGUUACAUCAUGGGGAAAGCAGAAGGUUCAGUAGCGAGAGAGGAGUGGCAUGGCCAUGUUACUGCACUGUCAGUUGCGCCUGAAUUUCGCCGCCUGGGAUUAGCUGCUAAACUAAUGGAGCUGCUUGAGGAAAUAUCAGAAAGAAAGGGUGGAUUUUUUGUGGAUCUCUUCGUAAGAGUGUCCAAUCAGGUUGCAGUGAACAUGUACAAACAACUAGGUUACAGCGUGUACAGGACAGUGUUGGAAUACUAUUCAGCUAGCAAUGGAGAGCCAGAUGAAGAUGCUUAUGAUAUGAGGAAAGCCUUGUCCAGAGAUACAGAGAAGAAAUCAAUUAUACCACUGCCACAUCCUGUCAGACCAGAAGAUAUUGAAUAAGCUUUCAUCUGGUUCUGUAUGCAGUGUAAUGAAAAUAUCUGUAGACUGCUGGCAAUAAUUUCAAAGGACGUUGCAGCAUUUACCCUGAAUGUAAUUUGGAAGCCAUGGAGCAACAAGGAACAUGUUUGUAGGACAGUUUAAGUUCUCUGAUGUUCCUGAAGCAGAAACAGAUUUGCAAUUGCAAUAUUUGCCACCUAUGGUUUAAUUUUUAAGCCAUAAAUAAUUCCUUAACUGUAUUGAACUAUUUCUAUAAUGUCAAUGAUUUUAAGUUUUUAAAAUUUCAGUAAAGAC